CGGAAAAUUUCAUAGCAAAUCGGACAACCGUAAAUGAAUUUUUUUUAAUUCAUCAUUGAAAAAUGAUAUUAUCGCGGAUAAAACCUGCUGUUAAUGCUGGAACCAAACCUAAGGACAGCUCCAAGGACCGUCUAUCUUUAGAGGAAUUUUUAUCAAAAAGAGAUUACACAGGAGCACUGACAGUAUUACAGUUCAAAGGACAAAAUGAAGAGACAGUUCGAUGGGUUGGCUACUGUUCAUUCCAUAUCGGAGAUCAUAAAAAUGCGAUGAGUAUUUAUGAGAAGAUACUCCAAUCAAAACCUGUGCCAGAGGACACUGUCACCAACUUAGCCUGUUGUUAUUUUUUCCUUGGCAUGUAUACCAAUGCUCAAAAAAUCUUAGAAAAAGCAGCGGAAAGCCGACUGAAAACAAGACUGCAAUUUCAUCUAGCUCACAAACUUGGUGAAGAAGAACAGUUGAUGCAGUACCACCAGCAGUUAGCCGACAUAAUUGAGGACCAGCUCUCUUUGGCUUCGAUUCACUAUUUGCGGUCACACUAUCAAGAGGCCAUAGAUAUAUAUAAACGUGUUCUCCUAGACAACAGGGAAUACAUCGCAUUGAAUGUUUAUGUUGCCCUGUGUUACUACAAACUAGACUAUUAUGAUGUGUCUCAAGAAGUCCUCGGAGUAUAUUUGACAAAAUAUCCUGAUUCAGCUAUUGCAAUCAAUUUGAAGUCUUGUAAUCACUUCAGACUGUACAAUGGCAAAGCUGCGGAACAUGAACUGAAAACACUUGUGGAUCAAACCUCUCCUUCUUUCAGUUUUGGUCAUGAUCUGAUCAGGCAUAAUUUAGUUGUCUUCAGAGGAGGGGACAAGGCUCUUCAGGUUCUUCCACCUCUUGUCGACGUCAUUCCAGAAGCAAGAUUGAAUCUAGUCAUCUAUCACUUGAAACAGAAUGAAUACCAGGAAGCUCAUGAACUCAUUAAGAACUUGGAGCCAACAGUGCCUCAAGAAUACAUUCUUAAAGGCGUAGUAAACAUUUCAUACGGUCAAGAGACAGGACUGAGAGAAAAUAUCAGUAUUGCCCAACAAUAUUUUCAUUUAGUUGGAGACAGCACCAGCGAGUGCGAUACAAUCCCAGGGAGACAAUGCAUGGCAUCCUCUCUGUUUCUACAACGAAAAUUCGAAGAUGUUCAGCUGUAUCUAAGCUCGAUAAAAAGUUACUAUUAUAAAGAUGACAAUUUUAAUUUCAAUUUUGGCCAAACAAAAUGUGCCCUCGGUCUAUAUGAGGAAGCAGAGGAGAUAUUUUUGCUAAUCCAGAAUGAAAGACUGCGCAAUAGUCAAACUUAUAUCAGUCACUUGGCGCGUUGCUACAUCAUGAAUCAGAAACCUCGGCUUGCAUGGGAAUUGUAUCUGAAGAUGGAUAGUCCAGCAGAGUCUGUGCCUUUGCUCCAGCAAAUUGCCAACGACUGCUAUAAAAUGGGUCAGUUUUGGUAUUCAGCAAAAGCGUUUGACAUGCUUGAGAGACUGGAUUCCACCCCUGAGUAUUGGGAAGGCAAAAGAGGAGCGUGCGCUGGAGUUGUCCAACUAAUUGUCAUCGGAAAACAACCGAAAGAACUGUUGACGGAUGUCAUACAACUUUUACGUAACACAGCCAACUCUCAAGUUGAGGCGAUGAUUCGAGCCAUCAAAAAAUGGGCAAGAGACAAUAGGAUAAAUAUCUAAGUGUGCAUUGCGGCGGUAUGUAUUGCAAGUAAGGUCCUCCAAACAAUCUAGUGCAAAAUAAAGUUUUACGAUCAUAA